GGGUCUCGGAAAGGGCGGUGCCAAGCGACACCGGAAGAUUUUGCGCGAUAAUAUCCAAGGUAUCACCAAGCCGGCUAUCCGUCGUCUCGCCCGCCGUGGUGGUGUCAAGCGUAUCUCCGGCCUGAUAUACGAAGAGACGCGCGGUGUCCUCAAGAUCUUCUUGGAGAACGUCAUUCGGGACUCAGUUACAUAUACCGAGCACGCCAAGAGGAAAACGGUGACCGCCCUCGAUGUCGUUUAUGCUCUCAAGCGUUCAGGUCGCACCCUCUACGGCUUUGGUGCAUGAUUGCCACAAUAAGCGUGUUACUUUCGCUUGCUAUUACUGCUGCGAAGAAGUGUUGGCUUUCUCAAACAGAAUCUCGACUACUGGCAUGCCGUCACCCCGUUUUCCCUACCUUUUAUGUUCAUUUUCAUUUUCUUGUAAUUAAUGCCGGCACAUGUAAUUUUGCAAGGACUUGCGAUCCCAUUUCGUGC